CGAUACAAUUUCUUCCGAGAGAGAGAAAGAGAAAUUCUAUCGAACCCUUCCUUCCCAGAAGCCGCAGACAAAAAUGGUUGAGAAGGGCAGCAAAGGCAGAAAGGAAGAGGUUGUCACUAGGGAGUACACCAUAAAUCUUCACAAGCGUCUCCAUGGCUGCACCUUCAAGAAGAAGGCUCCUAAUGCCAUAAAGGAGAUUAGGAAGUUUGCUCAGAAGGCUAUGGGAACAACAGAUGUUAGGGUUGAUGUGAAGCUCAACAAACUGAUUUGGAGCCGUGGUAUCAGAAGUGUGCCAAGGAGGGUCCGUGUUCGCAUUGCCCGAAAGAGGAAUGAUGAGGAAGAUGCUGAGGAGGAGCUCUUCUCGCUUGUCACUGUUGCUGAAACUCCAGCUGAAGGACUCAAGGGAUUAGGGACCAAGAUCAUUGAAGAUGAUGAUGAAUGAAUCAAUCAAAUCUUUGUUAUGAUUUUACCCUGUCUUUUAGUCUAUUAGUUUGGGUUUGUUUUAUCUCUAAAGUAUUGACAGACAAUCUUCAAUUAUCGCCCAAGUUUUUGUCAAUUACUUCUUUGAAUUUUGAUUAUAUGGGAGACAAUUCUGAUUUCUUUGUUAUUGAUAGACUUGACUU